AUAUAUAGAUGUUUUGUUUGACAUCCUGCCUAUGAAUAACAACUUCCGGGUGUGAUCACAACCGCUUCCCGCUGGUCAAGUAGGCGUCGACAGUAACAAAACGUCAUUUACGCGCGAAAAAAAAAUAAAGUCGUCGAGACUUACACGAGUCGUGUUACUUGUAAGAUUUAGGUUUUAAAACUUUUAUACUGAGUUUUCUUCCAGAUAUAUAAUUCACAUACGGUCAAUGUGCACGCGAGCAAUCGGAUUAAAGCGCAUUAAUAUCAUUUAAAGGAGCUUUUAAAGAAAAAUGAGUCGCUACUCCACAAGACUGCGUGUGCGAAGAAAGUACACAUGGCCUGGAAAUCCCAUCAGUGAAGACAGAAAGCUGAAGAAACUCUAUUAUGAGUCUUUGUCCAUAUCUGUGGAAGGAAGGCCGGACAACACGGUGGUGUCUGUAGGUCAGUGUAUUCUGAUUGAGGGGGAUGACGAUGACAACCCGUAUGUCGCACAGCUUCUCAAGCUUUUCUCUGACGACUCGGGUAAGCAGAUGAAGGCGGUGGUGCAGUGGUUUGUGCGGAUGUGUGAAAUACCUCAGAGUAAAAGGAAGCUCCUGGGCCGGGAUGCUCAUCCACAAGAGAUCUUUUACUACAAGGAUCGCUCCUGUGAUAACGAGGUGGACGCUCAGACCAUCCUAGGAACAGUCCAGAUUAAACACGUUCCUGCCGAGGCUCCUUUCCCGGACGACAAAAGCAAAAACACUCUGUUUGUUAAACUUCAGUGGGACACAAAGAAAUUUCAAGUCAUGGAUCCUGACUCGAUGAAACCGCCUCAAAGUCCCAAAUCUCCCCCGCCGGCCCAGCAUGCACCACGACUCCGUGCUCUCCCCACCCCGGACCCCAGCGUGAUGAAGAGGGCCAUGUCCGGCGUGAACGCCCGCGGCUGCAUGAGCACCGGCAAGAUGGGUUCCACCGAGGCCGAGUCGGCUCACUCCGCCUCCAAACUGUCCGCCGCCAAACUGCUGAACGUGAAGAGGAGAGGCAGAGUCUCCUCCAACCCAAACAUCCGCAAGAAGCUCGACCUGUGCAGUCCGACGAAGAAACUGAGCAGAGACGAUGUUCUUGGUGAGAUCUUGGAUGAUGACCAGGAGACUGAGGAAGUGCUGGCCAGCAAACUCGGCGCUUCUCCACCUCGUCGCAUCUCCAUCUCCAUCCGCCUGACCCCGCUCCCUACCGUGAUCUGUAACAAGAUUUCCACUGAAGGGGAGAAUCCGUCCAUCCAGCCUCCACAGAGCCCCAACAAACCCAAUCACUCUGCUUGUGAAAACACCUCCAGCAGGGACUUGCUCGGAGUCGAGCCUCUGGAAGACGACGUGUUCGAGUCAGAGGCACUUAUCAAUAAAGGCAGGACUCCUCGUAGGAGAGAGGCCACUCCCAGGAGAGCAGGUCUGCGGGGGCACAACUCAAGAACUCCAUCCAGGAAGAGAGAGUCAGUUUCAGUCCGAGAACCCGCUCUAGCUGUACUGGCUGAAGAAGAGCACGAAGACUCACCUGCACAGACAUCUGCCACUCCACGCUCCAAGAGGAAAUCCGCCCAGCUGGUGUCCUCUCGCAUUCGAAAGCAGCUGAACAUCCUGACUAGCCGGGACGAGCUGCAGUCCGACGGGGAAGACGCCGAUGACGACGGAUGCUUCAUGCCCUCGAAGCUUGACCUGGAGAGCAGCAGCGAAGAGGAAGAGGAGACGAAAAUGGACAGUGAAGACGAACUUGUAGUGAAGAGGAGUAGGCGCUCGGCAGGUCCGAGGACGCCGUCGGAAAAGACUGCCCGCGCUUCUGCAAGAACCCCUCUCAAAACUCCGAGCAAGAAGUCUGCUCCUCCCACUCCCCGUACGCCUCGACACGCCACUCCCAGCAUUCCUAGCAGAAUUCAGCCAGCCAGGAAGCCUGGGAAUGUAUUGGAGGAAGCAAGGGCAAGGUUGCAUGUAUCUUCAGUCCCCGAGUCUCUGCCAUGUCGAGAACAGGAGUUCCAAGACAUCUACAACUUUGUGGAGAGCAAGAUCAUGGACGGCACAGGAGGGUGUAUGUAUAUCUCGGGUGUUCCCGGGACAGGGAAAACUGCCACGGUGCAUGAGGUGAUCAGGUCUCUGCAGCAUGCAGCAGAGCAGGAGGAGAUCCCGCCGUUUCACUUCAUAGAGAUCAACGGCAUGAAGAUGACCGACCCGCACCAGGCCUAUGUCCAGAUUCUUCAGAAAUUAACAGAUCAGAAAGCGACACCGGAUCAUGCUGCUGCCUUGCUGGAGAAACGCUUCAGUACACCAGCACCGAAGAAAGAGACCACAGUGCUGCUGGUGGACGAGCUGGACCUUUUAUGGACCAGGAAGCAGAACGUCAUGUAUAAUAUAUUUGACUGGCCAACGAGACGACAUGCACGCUUGGUGGUCCUGACUAUCGCUAACACUAUGGACCUGCCUGAGAGGAUCAUGAUCAACCGCGUGGCCAGUCGCCUGGGGCUGACACGCAUGUCCUUCCAACCGUACACCUUUAAGCAACUGCAGCAAAUUAUCACAUCUCGACUGAACAGAGUAAAGGCUUUCGAGGAAGACGCUCUUCAGCUAGUCUCCAGAAAGGUCGCAGCUCUCUCAGGUGAUGCGCGUCGCUGUCUAGAUAUCUGCAGACGUGCCACUGAGAUCUGUGAGCACGCCGGUCAGAAGGGUGCCAUCGGAUUGGUUGGAAUGAGUCAUGUGAUGGAAGCCUUGGACGAAAUGUUCUCCUCCUCUUAUGUCACAGCUAUCAGGUGUGCCUCGCUGCAGGAGCAGCUCUUCUUGAGGGCCGUGAUUGCAGAGUUUCGCAGGCUGGGUCUUGAAGAGGCCACCUUUCAGCAGGUGUUUGUACAGCACCAGGCCUUGUGUCGGGUGGAAGGGCUGCAGCCAGUGAGCGUGUCCGAGAGCCUGGCUGUGUGUCAGAGGUUAGGAGCAUGUCGUCUGCUCCUGCUCGAGCCCAGUCGUCUGGAUCUUCUCCUCCGUGUUCGCCUCAAUCUCAGCCAGGACGAUGUGCUUUAUGCGCUGAAGGCGGAUUGAGACCGUGUGUGUGUGUGUGUGUGUGUGUGUGUGAGAUGGAUAGAGACCACCAAAUCUUCAGUAAAGCUGAACAUACGUUGUUGGAUUUACACACUGGACCAACAGAUGCUACCUGGUACUGCUUGAUUAGAAGCAUUAGACUGGCUGUUUUCUGUACAGACUAACAGAAGUAGUGCAAUUUCCAUCAAUGCACAUGAUACAAUUUUUCUUUCUGUCUUUCUUUCUGUCUUUCUUUCUUUCUGUCUGUCUUUCUUUCUGUCUUUCUUUCUUUCUUUCUGUCUGUCUUUCUUUCUUUCUUUCUUUCUUUCUUUCUUUCUUAAAUAUAUAAAUAAAUAAAUGUUAGACUCUGUAUGUAAAACAACAAUACAUCAAAUUGGGCUUUUCAAUCAGGAAAUUCCCUAAUGCAUUGUUGUUGAGCAUAAAAUAUACUCUCUGCAAGUAAAGAAAAAUUGUGUUUUUAAUGUUGGAGAGCAAGUCUCCCCCCCAUCUUUCAUUUAGUCUUCACCAUUUUUUGUCUAGGAAGGUCUGUCUCAAUAUGUGCGUUAUGA